CAACCUCUGAUUGGCUGGUUUCGCUGCAACGCUUCCUGUUUUGUAAGCUAUUCAACGUGGAUGUUACCCAACACAGAAUUGACUAAAGGCGGCGAAAGAACUGAAGACACAAAUAAGCCAUGGCUCAUAGAUGCAUCCACUGGUUCCGCAAGGGACUUCGGCUUCAUGACAACCCAGCAUUGAUGGCUGCACUGAAGGACUGCAAGGAACUCUACCCAGUCUUCAUCCUGGAUCCCCAUCUCUUUGACAAGACCCGAGUGGGUCUCAACCGCUGGAGGUUCCUAGUGGGAGCGCUCAGAGACCUGGACCGCAGCCUUCAAAAACUCAACUCCAGGCUAUUUGUCGUGAGAGGCAAACCAGAAGAUGUUUUCCCUCAACUCUUCACCAAGUGGAAGAUAACCAAACUGACGUAUGAAUUUGACACGGAGCCUUACAGCACAUCCCGUGACAAGAAAGUGGCCGCUUUGGCUAAAGAGCACAAAGUGGAAGUCGUCUAUAAGGUGUCCCACACCCUUUAUGACAUAGACAGGAUAAUUGAGGAGAAUAACGGGAAGGCUCCCCUCACAUACAACCGCAUGCAAGCUAUUGUGAAGACCCUCGGCCCCCCAAAGAAACCAAUGGCUGCUCCCACUGUGGAGGAUGUGAAAGGCCUGAAGACCCCUCAUUCGGAUGACGACAUGAAUUAUUACAGUAUACCUGCGCUGGACGAGCUGGGCCAUGAUACGUCAGAGCUUGGAGAGGAACCGUUCCCUGGAGGAGAGCAAGAAGCUUUGAGGAGACUGGAGGAACACAUGAAGAAAACUGGAUGGGUAUGCACCUUUGAAAAACCUCAGACCUCUCCCAACUCUCUGAGCCCGAGCACCACAGUCCUCAGCCCCUAUGUCACCUUCGGGUGCCUGUCUGCACGAACCUUCUGGUGGAAGCUGACCGAGGUCUACCAAGGGAAAAAGCAUUCAGACCCACCAGUGUCCCUUCAUGGUCAAUUACUGUGGAGAGAGUUCUUCUACACCGCCAGCGUGGGAGUCCCCAAUUUUAACAAGAUGGAGGGCAACCCCGUGUGCACUCAAGUGGACUGGGAUACAAACCGUGAAUACCUAGCGGCCUGGAGAGAGGCUCGAACCGGUUUCCCCUUCAUUGAUGCCAUUAUGACUCAGCUGAGACGAGAAGGAUGGAUCCAUCACCUGGCGAGACACGCUGUGGCCUGCUUCCUCACCAGAGGAGACCUGUGGAUCAGCUGGGAGGAAGGACAGAAGGUGUUUGAGGAGCUCCUGUUAGACGGCGACUGGGCUCUCAAUGCCGGGAACUGGCAGUGGCUGUCAGCGAGCACCUUCUUCCACCAGUUCUUCAGAGUCUACUCUCCUGUGGCCUUUGGCAAGAAGACUGACAAAAACGGCGACUACAUCAAGAAGUACCUUCCCAUUUUGAAGAAGUUCCCCGCUCAGUACAUCUACGAGCCUUGGAAGGCACCACGUAGCGUGCAGCAAGCGGCGGGGUGCAUCGUGGGUAAAGACUAUCCACGUCCUAUUGUGGAGCAUGAAGUGAUCAGCAAGAAGAACAUCCAGAGGAUGAAGUUAGCUUACGCCAAGAGGUCCGGCAACUCUGAUGAAUCGCCCAGUAAGAAGCAAGGUGUAAAGCGGAAGGCGCCCUCUGUUGUCGAUAUGCUAAAGAAGAAAGGUAAAAAAUGACAUAUGUUCAUACUGUAUUAAUUAGAUUUGACGCUAUGACUGUUUGUUAUGAAUACGCUAUGUUAUUUUUCAUUGGGUGUUAUUAUAACUGUUUUUUGCUUGUAAAUGUAUAUAUAUUUCUCAACUCUUUCUACGUCAUUUUUAUUGCUGUACUCCAGGGAUGUGUUACUUGCUGGCAUUCUCUCUAUACUGUAAUGUUAUAUCAACACUAUUAAAGCACUUAGAGAGGUA